AUGCGGAAUAUGCGGGAAGAGUUUUGCUCAGUCAUCGAAUAUGCAUACACAUGUGAAGAAACACAAGGUGAAGAACGGAACAGUUGUUCUGCGUGCAAGAAAAAUUUCUCUCAAUCACAAAAUAUGACAAUCAGCUGCAUUGUAUGCGGUAAAGAAUUCCUGCGAAAACUCCAUUUGAAAUCACACAUGAAGAAUCACAUGAUGGGCCGAUGGAAUUGA